AUGAGGCGCCAGGUCCAUGCAUAUUACGAAGCUUCGCAAAAUGCACUUGUCAUACCGACAGCCAUUAAAUCACGUCUAAUAUUCUUCAACGAGGGUCCACCGGCUCUAAAUUAUGGCGUCCUUGGAACGAUACCGCACAAGGCUCGCCAGAAAUUGGAUAACUUGAUCGACUCUGAGAACAGAGACGACCUUGUGGACGUGAAAAUUGCUUACAGGGUCUUCUAUUCACUGCCCUACCACGACCGGAGGCUCAAAAUGGGUGGCCUCAACAUCUCCACAGAACGCCUGUUCUUUAUCGGCCACUGCUUGAAAUGGUGCUCAAAAGAGAGCGACGUAGUACAUCAGCAAGCGCCGUUCCACUUCCGCUGUGUCGUGCCGUUGAUGAACAUGCCGGAGUUCUCGAAUGCGUCCGACUGUGCUGUAGGACAGCCAAUGAGCCCGCAAGAAAAGUGCAAUAUCUGGUCGUAA